UCAACUACGCUCCCCUCGUCGGUAAAAUCACAGGUUGCAUCGGACCAAUCAUGUUCCGCUUUGUUCAGUCUUCGUCCAAUAGCGCGUGGGCUUGUAAGAUUACGAUAGAAAGCAACAAGAAGUUUCCAAAAUGGUGCUCGAAAGUACUAUGGUCUGUGUGGACAACAGUGAAUAUAUGAGAAAUGGAGACUUCCUACCAACAAGGCUACAGGCACAACAAGAUGCUGUCAACAUUGUCUGCCACUCCAAAACACGAACCAAUCCAGAAAACAACGUGGGCCUCAUCACUAUGGCAAACAACUGCGAGGUCCUGACCACACUGACACCAGAUUCUGGCCGCAUCCUGUCCAAACUCCACGCUGUCCAGCCCAAAGGAAAGAUCUGCUUCUGCACAGGCAUCAGAGUGGCUCAUCUGGCCCUAAAACACAGACAAGGGAAAAAUCACAAGAUGAGGAUCAUUGCCUUUGUUGGGAGUCCAGUGGAGGAUAAUGAAAAAGAUCUUGUUAAGCUGGCAAAACGCUUGAAAAAAGAGAAAGUGAAUGUGGAUAUCAUUAACUUUGGAGAAGAGGAGGUGAACACAGAGAAGCUGACUGCUUUUAUAAACACUUUGAACGGUAAGGAGGGGACAGGAUCCCAUCUGGUCACGGUCCCUCCAGGUCCCAGUCUGGCUGAUGCGCUGCUCUCCUCUCCCAUCCUGGCUGGUGAAGGAGGUUCCAUGAUGGGUCUUGGUGCCAGUGACUUUGAGUUUGGUGUGGAUCCCAGUGCUGAUCCUGAGCUGGCCCUGGCCUUGCGUGUAUCAAUGGAGGAGCAGCGACAGAGGCAGGAGGAGGAAGCCCGCAGAGCUGCCGCUGCUUCUGCUGCUGAGGCCGGCGUGCCCACACCCAGCGCAGACGAAUCAGAGGAGGCCUUACUGAAGAUGUCAGUGUCUCAGCCUGAGAGCGGUGCUGCUGUGCUUCCUGACUUCAGUAGCAUGACGGAGGAGGAGCAGAUAGCCUACGCCAUGCAGAUGUCUCUUGCUGGGGGAGAGUAUGGAGAAAUGGACACAGGAGCUCCGAUGGACACAGCUGAAUCAGCCAAGGAAGAAGACGACUACGAUGUGAUGCAAGACCCAGAAUUCCUUCAGAGCGUCUUGGAGAACCUGCCCGGUGUCGACCCGAACAACGAAGCCAUCCGCAAUGCCAUGGGCUCCCUGGCCUCCCAGACGGGAAACAAGCCAGACGGCAAAAAGGACGAAGAGAAGAAGAAAUGAGGAACGAAAGAGACAAAACCCAAGAACAAUUGCUGACUAAUGCAGGAUUACUUUAACAUGCGAAAAAGAAAAGAUUGCUGAUGCAUCGUCUGGCUGACAGCACAGCAUGAGACAGCACUCUGAACAUUUAAUAACAUAGGUUUCUGCCAGACACUCGGAAGCGCCAACAAGAAUAUCUAUUUAGUAUAAAAUCUGACUGAGUGACAUGAAUUGAUAUCAUCCCCAAAAUGUAAAAAAGGAUUUUACUCUUGAAUCGCCUCCUGCGCUCUUUACUCUUCAUUUUCUCUGCACCAUAUAUUGACAAGAGAGAAGAAUUUGUGAUGACAGGCUCUCAAACUAAACAUUUAGCCACACUCCUGUCAUGUCUUUGUGUUUUUUGCAAUAAAAAGCUGUGUGUAUA